AUGCUGUCAAUUCUGCGAAAGGCGCGGCUCAAGGACAAAGAGAUGCGCAUCUUGAUGCUCGGCUUAGACAAUGCAGGAAAGACGACCAUCGUGAAAAAGCUUAUGGGGGAGGACGUCAACACGGUGAGCCCGACGCUGGGCUUCAUCAUCAAGACGAUUGACUACGAAGGAUAUAAGCUCAACAUUUGGGACGUGGGCGGCCAGAAGACGCUGCGGUCGUACUGGCGCAACUACUUCGAGAAGACGGACGCCCUGAUCUGGGUCGUCGACGCGACAGACCGGCUGCGGAUUGGCGACUGCAAAGACGAGCUGCACGGUCUCUUGCUGGAAGAGGUGAGCGCUGUCAGAGGAUGCAAGCUGGAUGGAAAUGUCUUCGUGGAUGAUGCUAAUCGCGGCGGGGGGAAACAGCGCCUCGCCGGUGCCAGCCUGUUGAUUUUCGCAAACAAGACGGACGUUGACGGGUGCAUGGACGAGCAGGAGAUACGCACGGCCCUGCGGCUAGACGAGAUCCGGACACACCAGUGGCACGUCCUGCGAUGCAGUGCCAUGACGGGCAAGAACCUACAGGAGGGCCUGGCGUGGGUCGUGGCGGACGCGAAGAAGCGGCUGUUCCUGUACUGA